AUGCAAGACGACCCCGAAAAUUCGAAGCUGUACGACCUGCUGAAUAGUCAUCUGGACGUGCACGGCCGAAGUAGUGAAGAUCCGAGACAGACGGGCGGUAGCAGGAGCCAAACCAGCAGUAGCGCUGGUGAUAAGGACGAGAAUGCAGCGUUGUCCAGCGGAUUAAACGGUGGCACGUUUGACUCGAUGCUAGAGGCGCUGCCCGAUGAUUUGUACUUUACGGACUUCGUUUCUCCCUUCACAGCAGCUGCCACGACAAGCGUCACCACCAAGACGAUCGAGGAGAGCAUGCCCGCCACAAAUCACAUGGAGGACGACAUCGCGAUGUUUGAUUCGCUCGCUACAAGCCAGCCCAUCGACAUCGCCGCCUCCAACCAACAGAACGGUGAAAUAGCGCAACUUUGGGACUUCAACGUAGACCAGUUCAACAUGACGCCGAGUAACUCGAGCGGUUCCGCUACCAUAAGUGCACCGAACAGCUUCACCUCUGACGUACCUCAAUACAACCACAGCUCGUCCGGCAACAGCGUUUCUAAAUCUUCUUUGUUUCCGUACAAUGCCAGCGCAUCCACCCACAACAACAAUGCGUAUAAUUCUAGCAACAGCAACGUAAAUAUCAACCCGCAGUCUCACCACUCCUUCAACAUCUACAAACUACAAAAUAACAACCCAUCCUCAUCCGUUACGAACAUUGCCAGUAAUAAUAGUAGCAAUAGCAAUAUUCAGCAUCCGUUUUUGAAGAAAAACGACUCCAUGGGGCUAUCUUCAUCCAACACAACUAACUCUGUGAGAAAAAACUCACUCAUCAAGCCAAUGUCCUCUACAUCGUUGGCCAAUUUUAAAAGAGCUGCCUCAGUAUCUUCCAGUAUGUCCAACGUGGAACCGUCCGGGCAGAGUAAGAAACCGCUCAUACAAUGCUUCAAUUGCAAAACGUUUAAGACGCCCCUUUGGAGGAGAAGCCCCGAGGGGAACACCCUUUGCAAUGCAUGCGGUCUUUUCCAGAAAUUGCAUGGCACCAUGAGGCCAUUAUCUUUGAAAUCCGACGUUAUCAAGAAAAGAAUCUCAAAGAAAAGAGCAAAGCAAACAGAUCUGAACAUUGCACAAAGUACCACGAGUGCGCCCCCAACAGCACCAAGUCCAGUGUCCACUUCAAAUGCCAAGUCUGUACGAUCGAGGAAAAAGUCAUUACAACAGAACUCUUUAUCCAGAGUAAUACCCGAAGAAAUCACCAGUGAUAACAUCAAUAAUAAUACUAAUAAUAUCCUUACCGUAAACAGAGGAGGCUACAACUUUAAUUCCGUCCCUUCCCCAGUUCACAUGAAUAGCCAACCGUACAACAGCAAUAACGCAAACUUCAAUGGAGGAAGCGAUGCAAACUUGAAUUCGAAUAAUUUGAUGCGCCACAACUCAAAUACUGUCACUGCCAACUUUAGAAGGUCUUCAAGAAGAAGUAGUACUUCAUCGAACACUUCCAGCUCUAGUAAAUCCUCAUCCAGAUCGGUCGUCCCGAUUUUACCAAAGCCUUCUCCUAACAGCGCAAAUUCGCAGCAAUUCAACAUGACUAUGAACCUAAUGAACUCAACAAAUAAUAUAAGUGCAGGAAAUAGUGUCGCAUCUUCGCCAAGAAUUAUAUCGUCCGCAAACUUCAACUCAAAUAGCCCUCUGCAGCAGAACUUAUUGUCCAGCUCUUUCCAACGUCAAGGGAUGAAUAUACCAAGAAGAAAAAUGUCACGCAAUGCGUCAUACUCCUCAUCCUUCAUGGCCGCCUCCUUACAACAACUGCAUGAACAGCAACAAGUGGAUGUGAACCCAAACUCUAACACAAAUUCAAACAGACAGAAUUGGAAUGCCUGCAAUAUCGUCUCUACAAGCUCAAGAUCAUCGAAUUUUGUCACUCAAAAGCCAAAUUUCGACAUCUUCAAUACUCCUGUGGAUUCACCAAGUGUUUCAAGACCGUCUUCAAGAAAAUCUCAUACUUCAUUGUUAUCGCAACAAUUGCAAAAUUCAGAAUCGAACUCGUUUACUUCAAAUCAUAGAUAUAACGGUAAACUGUCAAGUGAUUCCACGUCACCAAUUAAAUAUGAGGUUGAUGCAAGUGCCGGUGGAAAGAGUAGUGAGGACAGUUCCACAAAGGGGUCUUCUAAAGAAAGUUCGGCGAUUGCAGAUGAAUUGGACUGGUUAAAAUUUGGUAUAUAA